UCCUUUUUAAUGAAAAAUUAUUUGUAUGGCCUUGAUUGUUUCAAUGCCCUUAGUUGCGGUAGCUAGGGAUUUACCUGAGAUAUUUGGUGAAGCUCAGAAAAUGAAAAAUGGCGGUAAUCGUAUCGAUAAAAAUUGGUUGUUUGGUGAUAGUGGAUUUGGAUGGGGAACGUCGGGUGGUGGUGGUGGUGGAGGGUCUAGUGGCGGAGGUGGAACUAGCAGUGGUAGCAUGCCUGGUCAUGGUGCUAUGCCAGGUGGCGGAGGUGGAUCAGGAACCAGCAGCGGUGGUUCUCCUGGCAGUGGUGGUGUCAGUGGAUCGGGUGGCUGCAACCAGCCUAGUUGUGGAGGCCGAUCUGGUGGCGGUGGAUCUAGUGUGGAAUAUCAUGUUUAAAAAUAAGAUAAAUUACAAUUACUUGAGCGACAUAAAU